GCUCUUCACUGGAAAACCCCUCUGGUGUGAGAGUUCUUUGUAGGUGCACUAAGUUCAACCGGCGAGAAGGAAGGCGAUCAUUCAAGUUCCAGCCGGUCGAGAAUUUUUGUGUUACCACGGGUAUUAUUUUGAAUCCGAGUUUAACCGACCGAACCGUAGUGCCGUUUAAAAAAUUUUUAGACGUCAUAUCAUUAAUUCGUAACGCGUAUCGUCGUCCCACACACGUGCUUGACUCUCAUCCGACCGUUGGAGCUGAACAGACUAGUGCGUGCCCGUGCACUGA